UGAUUCCUGAAUGAGAUGUGUGGUAUAUUUGCUAUCUUAUCAGGAGUACAAGGCUUAUUUGACUCUUUUCAACCGUUUACUUGCAAUUGUACUCAUUUCACGCAAGUCAAACAGCAGUGGAAAGAUGCAACAAGAGAUUUCUUACAACGACGAGGACCCGAUAGCUUUCGCAUAAAGUGCUAUUCGUUAUAUUUUCAAAGGAGUUUGGAGUUACAAGCCGCUGUUUUAAGUCUUCGUGGUAAUCGGGUAGUAGAGCAACCAUUGGAAGACUCCUUUGGUAAUGUCUUACUGUUCAAUGGUGAAAUAUACGAUGACAAUAUGAACCAAGAAGAGAACGAUACUCUUGUAUUAUCCAAGUUGUUAGGUCAACUAGUGUUUCGACAUAGAAAUAGUGGAAGAGAUAAUAAUUGGAAACCUUUAUAUUCUGAUAUACUAGAGUUGUUGGAUUCUUUACCUGGUCCAUGGAGUAUUAUUUAUUACAUUUCGUCGUUGCGGUGCCUAAUAUUCGGUCGCGAUGUCAUCGGACGUCGUUCUUUAUUAUUGGGUAAAACGGGAGAUGAUCAAUCCAUUUUCAUUAGUUCAGUUUCACCUCAAGAAGCAGCUUGUAGUGGUUGUUUGAUAGAAUUGGCACCACUUGGAUUAUAUUGCAUAGAAUGGGAAGAAGAUAAUCCUUUUGGCAGGUUGGAUUGUCAUUUUCGUGAUGUUAGAAAAAGGAAUAUUUCAACCUCAUCAUUAUUAUCCUGCAGGUUACCUCGUGGAGCUCCUCAACAUGCACUUUUCUUAGAUUCUUACUUACCUGACAAAUGGUGGAGAACACAAGAGAUUUCAGUUCAUUCACUUGAUGAUACGUCCAACUUUGUCCUUGCGUGGAUCAAUGUAUUAUUAAGAGCUGUUGGUCGUAGAAUCGAAAUGCUACAAUUGCCAUCGCAAUCUUCUUCAAAUCGUUGUGGGUCGUUACCGUUUGCCUUGUUAUUCUCCGGUGGAAUCGAUUCUUUAGUUUUGGCCUAUUUGAUAUGGAAAGUUUGUCAAUCGCAUGAAAUUUAUCAAUAUAAAACAUUGGAGUUGAUCAAUGUUUGUUUUGGUCCUCCUUCCAAAAGUCCAGAUAGAAAGACAGCUAUGGAAGGAAUAGAAGAACUCAAUCGAAUUUGUUCCAAUCACAAGCUCAAGAUGCCUUUUCGAUUGCUGUUUGUGGACGUUGAUAAGGAAGAAUAUCAAAAAUAUCGCCAGCAUUUGAAAUAUUUAUUAUUUCCUUGUUGUACACCGAUGGAUAUUUCGAUUGGUUCCACCUUGUGGUUUGGAGCUAGAGCCCAAGGUCAUGUGAAAGAAAGCAAUGAUGUCCACAGUAAUCCUUAUACCUCGUCAAGUAAAGUGCUGUUGAGUGGUUUAGGAGCAGAUGAGUUAUUAGGUGGUUACAAAGGGAGGCAUCGAUCCGUAUUUCAGCGAGGAGGAUAUUCAACGUUGGCAUAUGAAUUGAAUAUGGAUUUAUCACGACUUUGGUGGCGGAAUUUGGGUAGAGAUGAUCGUAUCGUUGGAGACCAUGGCAAAGAACUUCGAUUGCCUUUUUUGGAUGAACAAGUGAUCGAUUUCAUUACUUCAUUGCCUCUACAGGUAAUUUGUGAUAUGGAGUUGCCUGAUGGUAUAGGCGACAAACGAAUACUUCGUCAAGCAGCUAAGCAACUGGGAUUUUCAAAUGAUUUUGUGUCAAGGAAGAAAAGGGCCAUGCAGUUUGGAAGUAUGAUCGCUGCUCAACUUCAACUACCUUAUCUAUUACCCGCUGACCCACUCUAUUCUUUCCGUAGUCCACUGUCUCCUCCUGUCAUUCCAGGUGAAGUACUACGCAACUGGUUUGGUGUUGGACAAACCAAGUUGGCCCAGAAAGAUGGAGUUGACAUAGUACGAUUGACUGAUAUGGAACAAGAUGCCUUUGGAACACUGUAUCAUAUUACUCCACUGAAACAACAACACUUCAAUCUAAGCUUUGUGUACUGGAUUGGAACCAAGGAAAUUCAACCUCGUGUAGAUAGCUUGGCAUUUUGGUAUACCAAACAUCCUCCUACUUAUGGUACAGUGUAUGGUAACGAAGCUGCGUUCCAAGGAUUAGGGAUAGUCAUUCAACUAUUCGACAAUCAAUGGCACAGACCCAGUCUAUUUCCAGUGGUCAACGAAAGAACAACCAAGGGUAGCGAUUGGCAAGUUAAAGUGUUGUCUCCUGGAUGUGCUUUGGGUUCUUUAACUGGAAAAAUUUAUGUCUCCUAUCAACAAGGCAAACUAUCCGUGUACCAGCUGCCGAUACAAAAAAAUACAUUACCAAACCCAGAGUUUUGCUUCGACGUUCAGUUACCUCCAUCAGCACAACUUGAUUCUGGUUAUUUUGGGUUCACAGCAAAAAGUGGAAAUUAUGCUACGGAGCAUAGUAUCAUUCAGGUAACCGUCGCAACUGGUGCUGUUACUACAGCAGCCAAAAAUACAGCCGACAGAAAUAAGAAACAACCUGACCCUUUUGACAAAGCAUCCAAAAAAUCUGUAGUAGAUGGUCAGAAAACUUCUUCAGUCUUAUCGCCACCAAAACCUGUUGCAUCCUCAAGUAAACCUAAACCUGCCACUCAAUCCAAUAGCAUGCUGAAUGCGGUGCCAUCUCAACGAGAUCCUCAAACUCCAGCAAAUGUUCAAGGAGUCAAAACUGAUUCAACUGCUCAACAAGAGGGAAAUCAACAAAUGCAAAUGAAUCAUGAGGGUCCACAAGACUCAAUGAACUCCAAUCCUAAUAUGGAAUAUCUAAAAAGCAUUUGGGAUGACACUCAUGAGAAGCAACAGGAUUUGUCAGCAAAAUUGACACAACUCUUAGUCGAGUGGGAGACGAUGAAAAGGUCCACUUCCAUUACUAUGAUAUUUGCAAUCGCUUUGGUAGUGUUGUUACAGUUUUACGCAUGUAUGCUCUAUUUGUACUAUCGCAAGCUAGCUAGUCGUUUACGAUAUAACAAAAUCAUUUAGAGGGUCACUGUAAAACUCGUCUAGUCCU